AAGUUGCAAUAGCUAGCCAAUCUGAGUCUUAUUGCAUUUAUUUGUGCAGGAGAAAUGAGUAACGUAUUGAAAAGGCAAUGUGAACGAGCUCAGCAUUCACGAGGUUGCAGGGGGGGCAGCUCACAGAGGUCAACUUGCUUUGAUGAGCGACCGCUUGUUGUGCCAUCUCGCAACUCGUCACAGAGGGAGCGAGGUUCAAGCUCGACGUCGAGAUCCCGGACCGAGCAUAAAGUUGACACUCAACCUUCAGAUUCCCGAAGGGGGGCUCAUGAUGACUCGGAUGCAAAGGAGGACAUUGCACUCAUCCGACGGAGGACGAGCUCAAGGACUCAGCCCAUUCAACCCACUGUGAUGUGGUCAUCUAACAUACCCAAUCCCCCUACAUGUGAUGCUACAGAGGUCUUCAGCUACGCGGUUGCACUUUUUGAGUACGAACAGGGAGUACGCGGGCAAAACCACGAGCUCAAUGAAAGUUGCAAAAAGUUGACUUCCAAAAAGGCGAGCUUGGAAGAUGAGGUCAACCGUUUGCAGAGUUUUGAGAUGGCCAACCGAGCUACGUCAGCUGAGAGCCGAGCUGACGAGUUGGCCAAUAAGGUGAACGAGCUUAAAGAGAAGCUGGAGAAGGCUCAAGCUGAGAGGGAUAGCGGGAUCCAAGUCGCUAAAGAUAAGGCCGACUGUGCUAAGGACCGCGCCAAAAAUGCUGAGGCUGAUAGGGAUAAGGCUCUGAGCGAGCUGAAUUCCCUUAAGCAAAGGGUGGCCAAAACUAACAGGAAUCUGGUCCGAGUUGAGGCGGCACUGGAUAGAACAAAAAAGUCUCACCAGUGCUCUUCGCCUCAACAAAUACCACCAUGGAGAUCUACAAUGAAAUUUGUGGAAAGGUAUUACGGCACCAGCCUGACUUCCAGAUCGGCGAGGUGGCCUUCUUCGAGGGAGAAGAAAUGGACAAGCAGGGCAAAAGGGGAGGAUUUGGAGGGCCUGUUAAGCUUCAAUGCGUGGGUGGCCGAGCCAUUUAAGGAAGAAGCUGAACCCUCAAGCACUCCUUCAUCUUCUCAGCUCAUCACUACACCAGUUCUUACUCUAACUCGAUCUUCCUAGCUCAUGCUAACGCAUCCAUUCCGGUAGAUUUAACAAACGAUUAUGAUUUUAGUCUUUGUUUUUUCUUUCUUUUGAAUUUUUGUAUUGGUUGAUUAACCUUUUCAAACAUUUCCAUCGUUGUCCCCUGUGCCUUUAUGUAAAAUUUUUGAAAAGAAAUACAAUCUGGACGAUUUU